AUGCGCUUCAAUAUCACUUUCGCCAUCGUCCUCUCCAUGCUAGCCGCCGUCAUCGCCAUGCCCACCAGCGGCGUGAAGAUCGAGUCUCUCAACUUCCCCACCACCGCGUUCGCCUCCAUGCUCGAAACCCACAGCUUCAAGAGCCCCAUCGCCUGCCCCGCUGGCGAAGGCAACUGCGGCGUCGUGACGUUCGAAAGCGGUCAGUACGUCACCUUUGGCCAGGGCACCUGCAUGCAGCUCAGUGGCAAAGUGCAGUCCAUCUACGUCGCCAAGUGCUUCUGUUCUCUCUGGACGUCUUGCACUGGUAAUGCCGAGACGGAUAUCUUCGUCGACGGCAUGAUGAUGUGCGAGAAGCCUAGAACCAUGGACACGUUCGCGAAGAAAGUUAAGUACAUCUCCUGUGGAGGGAUGAACUAGGCGACAGCUCAUUGGUAGAUCGUUCUUACGGCAUGUCGGGCACAAAUCCAGUCACUUUGGGAUUGGAGAUCACACUUCAGCGCAUGUUUAGGAUAUUACGGUCGAUGCCCUCACCCUUUGUGGGUGACUUCAGAGAUCGAAAACGGGGAGCUCAGUGCCUG